AGAAGUCAAAAGAAAAUUACAGAACACACACUACAAAACAUGAAUCUUUUCGUUUAUUAACAGAGACUCUUGAAAUACAAAUGAUAAAAAAUGCCUCCAAAACCAAAAGUGGGUUUGAGACGCAUUGAUGCUGCUCUUGAUGCUAUUCAUCCAAUGGGGUUUCCUAAACCUUUGAUUCGUCAAACUAUCAAAAAUCUACUCAAGGUUUAUGGUGGAGAUUUAGGUUGGCCAUUUAUUGAAGAGAAUUCUUAUGAAGUUGUAGUUAAGACCAUUCUUGAGGAACAAGGUUGGCCUGAUAAAGAAGAUGAUAGGCCAGAAUUAUUGGAAAAUGCUGAGCAGACAUUGUUGAUUGAGAAUGGAACUUCAAAGGAUGACAAAACUGAAGCUAGGCCCGAAGCACAAAUCCCCUGCCUUUCUGAACAUUCCGAGCAAGUUCAACCACCGAGCAACGACUCCCCACCUCGAAAGAAACUCGCCAUACAAGCCUGUUCCCCGAGAAAAAGCUCCUCACCUGUAGCAAAUUCUAUGGACGAAAAUUCUCAAGCCAAGCUUGAAACAAAGCUGAUAAAACCUUUGAUUUCAGCAGGAGUUAGCUCUCCGCUGCUGCCAUCGCCACCGGUUGCCGAAUCUCUUCCUACUCGAAUUUCAGCAGGAGUUAGCUCUCCGCUGCUGCCAUCGCCACUGGUUGUCGAAUCUCUUCCUACUCGAAUUUCAGCAGGAGUUAGCUCUCCGCUGCUGCCAUCUCCACCGGCUGUGGAAACUCGUCCCACUCGUAGGCGUAAACCUUGCUAUGGAUGGCUUAGCAGUGACGACGAGGAAGAGCCCGAGGCAGCAAAUCUUGUAGCGGCAGAUUCACUUCCUCAACCUUGAUCAUGUUGGUUGUUUUUAAACAGUUUAAUGUUGUAAAUAUUUAUGGGAACCUGAAGCUAUGAUCUUGCAAGAGUAAUUAUAUCAAAAGUUUUGACUUGAAACUAAGGGUGGUUCGGUUUAAAUCAAACCAAAAUAUCCCUACCGAAUAAUAG